GCUCCCAGUCCGUCUGAAGUGCACGCUGAGAAUGGGUUCAGUCCGAGCGCGCGCGCACACCGUCAGCUCACGCGGAAAUUCAAUCAUAAUCUGAUGAAGUAACAACAAUCAGGGAAAAAAGUGGAUGUUCAUGCGCACAUUUCCGGGAAUAUAGCAGCGGGCUUCAGGAUGAAGACACCGAUGCGUCAUGGAGUUGCUGUGUUUCUCGCGAUCUCCAUGUGCAUCAGUCUGUUCUUCUUGUACACCGUCAGCUAUAAUAAUGACACUACAGCAUCCAGCGCAUCUAAGGGGGCGUCGGGUGAGAAAGCGGAGCCCACGAAUGCGCCUGAAAACACGCGCCAAACACCUCUACCCCUGCAGGGCUACAGCGGCAUUAUUGACCACAAGCCUCUGAAGAUGCACUGCAGCAGUUGCGCUCUGGUCACCAGCUCAGGCCAUCUGACCGGCGGGGGGCGCGGAAAAGAGAUCGAUCGCACAGAAUGCGUCAUCCGAAUGAACGACGCGCCGACCGCCCGUGGUUAUGGGGUGGAUGUGGGUCACCGCACCAGCCUGAGGGUCAUCGCUCAUUCCAGCAUGCAGCGAGUACUUCGUAGCCGGCAGGAACUCCUCAACUCCAGUCAGGAUGCGGUCUUCAUCUUCUGGGGACCCAGCAAUUACAUGCGGCGUGACGGGAAGGGUCUGGUCUAUAACAACCUGCGGCUCAUGAACCAAGUGCUGCCCAAACUCAAGGUCUACAUCAUCUCCUGGCAGAAAAUGUUACAGUUUGAUGAUCUUUUCAAAAGAGAGACAGGCAAAGACAGGAGAAUUUCUAACUCGUGGUUAAGCACAGGCUGGUUCACAAUGACGAUUGCCUUAGAGCUUUGUGACAGAAUCAAUGUUUAUGGCAUGGUGCCUCCAGAUUUCUGUAGGGAGUCACAGCACCCCUCAGUACCGUAUCACUACUAUGAACCGACAGGUCCAGACGAAUGUGCCAUGUACAUCUCCCACGAGCGGGGACGUCGAGGCAGCCACCAUCGCUUUAUCACAGAGAAGCGAGUCUUCGCUAACUGGGCUCGGACUUUCAACAUCCAUUUCUACCAGCCCGACUGGAGCCCACCACCGUUACCCAGAAACAACACGGAAACCACAGGCUCCCCGCAAACACAGAAGACGUGACUCUAACCGGAGCCUUUAAAAGAUCUUAAACUGCCUCAGAUACUGUACAGUAGGUCACUGGCUACUUGCCAUGUGAAUGAAGCUUAACGUGUGUGUGUUGGACUGCAAGAAAUUCUUGUUUCGCAGACUUAUGGAGGGUUGAUGCCUAAACCUUUUCUUUUGCACAUUCAUAUUUUCGUGUUUUGAAGACAUUGCAGUUGCAUCUGUCCAUGGACCAUAUCUUUAGAUCAUCCAUGAAUAGCAACUCUUAUAGCUACUAAUUGAGUUCAACUGGGUCUUCAUAGUUUUAUGCAGGGUGUGAAAGAAAAUGUAUGUGAGGCCUGAAUAAAACAAAUUGAUGCGUGAUGCUGAAAGCUCUAGAAUUAUGAACAGUUUGCCUCUGUUUCUGUCUGAAACAGGACGUGAUGGUAAAUUAAUUGGCCCAGUGAAACGCUUGUAAUAUACAGAAAGCUUCCUGCAGUAAAACGACUUCCAAAAAUGAUUUGAAUUCAAUUACAAGUAUUGAAUUUAUAGUGGAUCCAUAUGGUGAAGCUGUUAUUUGUCUAUUUCCAGCCUUCGACUGAAACUGUAAUUUUAGAAAAUGUAUUUAUUUAUUUAUUCAUUCAAUGGUCUUUGUGUUGUCUUUUGGGAUCAGUUAGCUUUGCUACAAGCACAUUGCACAUUAAAAAUGGUUUCACAGAACAUAAAAGGCGCAAACA